AUGGUGCACACACUCCCCUUCGGCAAGCUGCAAGUGCCGGUUCCUGGCUUUGGUGCAAUGGGCUUGAGCAGUAGCAUGGGAUACGAUCUCAGCUACGAGGAAGCCGAGCCGGUUCUUUUGAAGGCCAUUGAGCUUGGCUGUACUUUUUGGGAUACGGCCGUUGCCUACGGGGCCGGUAUCAAUGAAAAGCUACUAGGAGACUUUAUCAGGAAGCACAACGUGCGCGAUAAGCUUUUCAUCGCUUCGAAGUGCGGUUUUGAAGUCUUUGGCGCGGCUAGAUUCGUCGAUAACUCUCCCUCUCACAUCAAAAGGUAUAUCGAGGGGACUAUCGAGAGACUCGGCUUUGCACCUGAUCUCUACUACCUUCACCGCAUCGAUCCUAACUGUCCUUUAGAAGAAUCCAUCCCGGCGCUGGAUGAGAUCCGAAAGGCAGGCAAAACCAAGUAUAUCGGUUUGUCUGAAUGCUCAGCCGCAACCCUGCGUAAAGCGAACUCGAUCGCCAAGAUUGAUGCCAUUCAAGCCGAGUAUUCCGCUUUCGAGACAGGACACGAGUCAACAGGCCUGAUCGCAGCUGCGAAAGAGCUGGAUGUGGCUUUCGUGGCUUUCAGCCCGUUGGGCCAUGGGUGGCUCGUUGACGAUUUUGAUUUCAAGUCUCCAGAUGACUUCGCCCCAGGUGAUUUUCGUCGCACGGUCCCCAAGUUUCAAGGAGACAAUUUCUAUAAAAACAAAGCCAUCGUUGAUGAGAUUAAGAAACUUGCAACCAAGAAGGGCUGUACGAUAAGUCAGAUUGCCCUAGCCUGGGUUGCUGCGCAAGGUAUGAUUGCCAUUCCUGGCACGACUAAAGCACGGCGGUUGGAGGAGAAUUGGGCGUCAAGAGAUAUUGAGUUUACAGAGGAGGAAAAAAAAGAAAUGCGUAAGAUUGUGGAUUCUGCUAAGCCUGUUGGCGAACGUUUCAAUGAGAUAUCGGGUUCUAUGGUAGGGCAUUAA